AUGGUAACGAAUGGUAGUGUCAAUCCCGUGUUGCACGACCUUAAAAUUGAGUGCCGGCACAUCGACGCCGCUGGCCCCACGAUGUUUAACCUGCUUGAAAACCGACUGAACAAGAGGAUCCAAGACAUACGUGACGUUUACAUGGCGUCUAGAGCUAGCGAAGUUCGUACCGACUUCGAUCAAAUUCAAGUGCAUCGUGGCGGUGAAGUCCCGGGAGCCACAGCGUUGGAAUUGAAGCGUAUACAUUUACUACCGUUCACGACCAAUGUGGCAUCAAAAUCGGUGUGGGAUGUGAUGAAGUUGGGGGUCAUCUCGAGCGAACGCUGUGCUCGCGUCUCCAUCCGCUCAGAGGAUCUCCUGACGUCGCAAGGAUGCUUCACUCAUGAACUCGACGAUGUAGGUAGAGUGGAUGUUCGAAUUUGUUGUCUAAUGAAGCGUAUCGAGGGACCGGAAGGCUGCACGGUCCUGAUCGAGUCCAUAACCGAGUGGGUAGUACGUCUCUCGAACUCGAGAGAGUGGAAGCACAUGACGCGUGACUCUGGCUGGGUAGCCGUUCGACCAGUUGCAUCAACUGCUCAGCUCUGUCAGCUUAAGUUGGAAAUGCGUCUUCAAACCAACGAGAGCGUCAAGGUAUCGACAACUCAGAGCAAACGCGAUUCGUUGUUGCUCGCACGCGGCGUCAGCGACGUCAUGGUGGCUUCGGUGCGCAAUGUUCUCAAUUCGCGCCACCAACUUAUUGAUAAUGCACUGUUAGACACACGAACUACGCAGCAUGUAGCUGGCUAG